AUGGUAGUGACGUCAUUGAGAGCCAUCUUUUGUCAGAGCCUGGAGAAGAAGCAGCAGCCGCAGCAUCAGAGCCUGAACAGCAGCACCCAGCAAGAUGUGAGUGUCCCCCUGCACCCCCCCACACACACCCUGCACCCACAGACUGCACUCACUGCCUGGGCCCCCACUGCUGGCAGCCACAGGGCAGGCAAACACAGGCACAUCCACACUGCAGUAAGCAAAAUGUCUGUGUCACACACACACUGCACCCAACCAGUCAGUGUCACACACACACACUGCACCCAACCUGCUAGUGUCACACACACACACUGCACCCAACCAGCUAGUGUCACACACACACUGCACCCAGCCAGUGUUUUACCCCUCCCCCCACUGCACCCAACCAGCCAAUGUUUCACCCAUCACCCACAAUCACACACACUGCACCCAGCCAGCCAGCCAGCCAAUGUUUCACCCAUCACCCACAAUCACACACACUAUACCCAGCCAGCCAAUGUUUCACCCAUCACCCACAAUCACACACUGCACCCAGCCAGCCAAUGUCUCACCCAUCACCCACAAUCACACACACUGCACCCAGCCAGCCAAUGUCUCACCCAUCACCCACAAUCACACACACUGCACCCAGCCAGCCAAUGUUUCACCCAUCACCCACAAUCACACACACUACACCCAGCCAGCCAAUGUCUCACCCAUUACCCACAAUCACACAUAAUGCACCCAGCCAGCCAAUGUCUUACCCAUUACCCACAAUCACACACACUGCACACAGGCAGUGUUUCAUACCCCCCCUUACACACUGCACCCAGCCAGCCAGCCAGUGUUUCACCCACAAUAACCCACAGAUAACCAGUGUCUCACUCACAAUUACACACCAGCCAGUAUUUCAUUUACACACACUGCACAUGGCCAGUGCCUCACCCACAAUCACACACACUGCACCCAGCCAGCCAGUGUCACACAGAUCACACAUACUGCACCCAACCUGCUGGCGUCUCAUCCACAGUAACACACACUGCUCCCAGUCUGUUAGUGUCUCCCCCACAAUCAUACACUGCUCCCAGUCUGUUAGUGUCUCCCCCACAAUCAUACACUGCUCCCAGUCUGUUAGUGUCUCCCCCACAAUCAUACACUGCUUCCAGUCUGUUAGUGUCUCCCCCACAAUCAUACACUGCACCCAGCCAGCCUGUGUCUCACCCACAAUCACACACACUACAUCCAGCCAGCAUGUCUCCCUAAUAUUCAUUCACACACUGCCUCCCAUCAACUAGUGUCUCACACACAAUCACACACUUCAGCUAUAUAGGUAGUGUUUCACUCACAAUUACACACACACUGAACCCAGCCAGUGUCUCAAUUACACACAUUGUACCAUGCUGUACCAACAAGUAUCUCGAUAACAAUUACACACUUACAUCCAGCCAACUAGUGUCUCACCCACAAUUGUACACCUUAUAUCCAGCCAACUAGUAUAUCACCCACAAUCACACACUACAUCCAGCCAACUAAUAUAUCAACCACAAUCACACACUACACCCAAUUAGCAUUUUACCCACAGUCGCAGACUGUAUAGCUUGGAGGAAAGACGAGACGGGGAGAUAUGAUAGAAACAUUUAAAUAAUAAAGAGAAUCAACACAGUAAAGGAGGAGACCAUAUUUAAAAAAGAAAAACUGCCACAACAAGAGGACAGUCUUAAAUUAGAGGGGGAAAAGUUCAAAAAUAAUAUCAAGAAGUAUUACUUUACUGAGAGGGUAGUGGAUGCAUGGAAUAGCCUUCCAGCUGAAGUGGUAGAGGUUGACACAGUAAAGGAGUUUAAGCAUGCGUGGGAUAGGCAUAAGGCUAUCCUAACUAUAAGAUAAGGCUAGGGACUAAUGAAAGUAUUUAGAAAAUUGGGCAGACUAGAUGGGCCGAAUGGUUCUUAUCUGCCGUCACACUCUAUGUUUCUAUCCAACACACUUACAUACACACACACACACACAACACACUGGAAACUCUCAGCAUUACACUCUAAAAUGCUAUAACCAUCAUUGUCAUUAUCACAAUAACAUUCACUACACCAGUCACCAUCAAAAUGUCCAUAUAACAAUCACACACACAAUAGCUAGAAACACCUUAGAAUUGCUCUUAUAUUGCCUUCACACUGAAAAUCCCUGUAUCACACACAGUACUCCAAUGACAGCAGUGUCCACACACACUAUAUCUAGCAAUGCCUAAAGACAAUCCUUGCACUCAUACUUUGUAUCCAUGAGAUGUUAGUGUAACACACUCUGCAAAGCGUAGAUACACACAAAAUGUCAGUUCAGAACAAAACAGGACACUGUCAUUGUUGCUCACAAACUUUGAACACACCAAAUUUCACUAUCACACACACACCAUCAUGUAAUGUGCCCAUUACAACUUCAACCAAACAUAAUAUGCAUUUCACACACAAUUGGCAAAGUAUCACCAACACUCAUAGUGCAUACAGGAAAUUGUCAGAGAUGCAUGAUUUUGGUUAUUUACUAUUUUAGAAAUUUUACUUUUUUUUUUUUUAGAAAUUGUGAAGAAUAGACCAGUGCAUUUCAUAUUUUUAAUACACUGGAUUGGGAAGAACGUUUCAACUCAGGGUGUUUCCAAAUUCAGCUUCUUAGGCCUAAAACAUGUAAAUACAGACAAAAUGUUAGUGUCUCACUCGCAAACACACACUAAAACUCACUGCACUUGGUAUUUUAUUGAGUGUACAAACAAUUAUACUUGGUUAUAAUUACACACACACGAUCACACACAACUGCUCUGAGCAAGAUGUGUGACACACACUAACAUAACAGACACCCUAGCAUGCACACUUACACCCUAAAUACCUUAUAACGAUAGCAGAUAGAGAAGCUCACACACCAUCUGUCAGUAUGGAAGUGUCAAAAAUGUCAGAUAGUGUGUAUCAGGAUAUGAGCUUACAACACAACCUUUUAAAGGUGUGUAUCUGUCAGCAACACAGAAAGCUGGACCAGCAAAAGGGUGAAUGUUUUACGCAAGUGUAUGAUCCAGCAAAUAUGUGAGUUUCUCACAUCAACCUUAUAAUAUAAUAUGAGGAAUAUUCGUGUCACACCCGAAUAGCACCCAGCGGGUCUAGUUUCGCCCUGGUGUUGCCCUGGCGUAGCACCCAGCGGGGACUGGUGUCGCCCUGGCGUGGCACCCAGCGGGGACUGGUGUCGCCCUGGCGUGGCACCCAGUGGGGACUGGUGGCACCCAGCGGGGACUGGUGUCGCCCUGGCGUGGCACCCAGCGGGGACUGGUGUCGCCCUGGUGUGGCACCCAGCGGGGACUGGUGUCGCCCUGGCGUGGCACCCAGCGGGGACUGGUGUCGCCCUGGCGUGGCACCCAGCGGGGACUGGUGUCGCCCUGGCGUGGCACCCAGCGGGGACUGGUGUUGCCCUCGUUUUGCUUGGCAAAAUAAAGCACACAACUGGAGUAGUGGUUACACAAUACACCAUACUGUAACUCAAUGCACACUUAUAUCACAUGUGUAUGACAGAUGGGGUAAAAGAGGCUCUUAGGAAUGUGUACUCGGGGUCACUCAUUGGGAGGGGUCAGACACGUCAAAUUACCAAAAGGAACAUAGAAGGGGCUCAGGGACAUAUAUAUAUCUAUCAUAAAAAUACUGAUUUUGAGAAUGUAGGAGUUGUGUGUCUGUCUAUGCUGUAGAAGCAGGGAGUAGGCCUGUGUAACAUUAAUGGAGAGUGGGAAAUCCCUGUGUGUAAUGUGUGCAGGGAUGGGUGAUGGUUUUCAUGCAUUCUGACAUAUAUACGCAUAUCUGUGGAAGAGCUGAUUUGUGAGUAAGGGGAUGGACUAGGCCAGGAUGCCACUUAUGUACUGUCACUGCAGCGUCACUCUUUGAUGGCGGGGGUGGUGGGAUACUGGCCAUACUGUCAGAAACCAGGUCUCCGCAUACUAGCCAUGAUCUGCCUUUACUGCUGUAGAGAGAGAGGCCGGACAUUUUCUAUGGCUAGAGAACAGAAACAAAAAAUGCAAGCUUUGCAGUCUGCAACGUUGUAUCCAGUCGCUUCACCAUUUUAUUUAAAUUGUAAACUCUGGAUUACAAUCCCUGCUGUGUGAUUUAUAUUGUAGAUGAAAACAUAUUAAGAUGGGAAAUUCUAGGGAACUGUCCCUUGAUGGUUAAAUAUUUUUUUUUUUCAUUUUUAUAAGCUCUGGGGUGCAGUCUCUUUUUAUGACCCCCAUGCAAUUUUGAUUGUAAAUUCUAGGGAUAUUGUACCCCUGUAUUAUUUGGAUGGCAAUCUCUGUGUUAGUCCCCCAAAUGUUGUUUAGAUUGCAGAUGUUGUGGUACAGUCCCCAUGUGUUAUUUAGAUUAAGCUUUGGCGUACAGACCCCCUUCACAUUAUUUAGAUUGCAGGCUCUGAGCCAUGUUAUUUAGAUUGUAAGCUCUAGGGCAGAGGUUCCUAAAAGGUAGAUACCCAGGUGUUGUAUAACUACAACUCCCACGAUGCUCUGCAUGCCUUUGAAAUGCCUUUAGAAUGACAAAGCAUCAUGGAAGCUGUAGUUUUAAAAACAUCUAGUGAUCUACCUUUUGGGCACUCCUGCUCUAUGGGUACUGGUCCUCUGUGGUAUUUAGAUUUAAUUUCAGUGUUCAGUUUUUGCCAUGUUAUUUAGAUUGUAAGCUCAGGGGUAUAGUCUUUGUUCAGAUUGCAAGCUCUGUAGUACGGUCCCUCACUGUGUUAUUUGGAGUGCAAGUUUUGAAAAACAGUCUCUGAGGCAUUAUUUAGAUUGCAGGGUACACUAAGGAUUCAUUUAGAUUGCAAGCUCAAUGUGAACGGUUUCUAAGGCUUUAGUUAGGUUGCAAGAUCUGAUGUACAGUGAAUGAGGUUUUAUGUAGACUUCAAGCUCAGAGGCUUUAUUUAGAUUGCAAGCUCUGGAGUAAAGUCUUUGACUCUUAAUUUAGAUUUUAAAUUCUGAGAUGCAGUCCUCCAUUGUGCUAUUUAGAUUGCAAGCUCAGGGGUACAGUCUGUGAUGCAUUUAUUAUGAAAGUUCUGGGGUACAAUCCCCCACCAUGUUAUUUAGAUGGGAACCUCCCUAAUAUAGUCUCCCACCAUGUUAUGUAGAUUGUGAGCACUUGGAUACUGUCCACAUCACCACGUUAUACAGAUGCAAGCUCUGUGAUAUAGUACCCCCUCACCACGUUAUACAGAUUGAAGCUCUGUGAUAUCGUAUCCCCUCACCACGUUAUACAGAUGGAAGCUCUGUGAUAUCGUAUCCCCUCACCACGUUAUACAGAUGGAAGCUCUGUGAUAUCGUAUCCCCUCACCACGUUAUACAUAUGGAAGCUCUGUGAUAUAGUAUCCCCUCACCACGUUAUACAGAUGGAAGCUCUGUGAUAUAGUAUCCCCUCACCACGUUAUACAGAUGGAAGCUCUGUGAUAUUGUAUCCCCUCACCACGUUAUACAUAUGGAAGCUCUGUGAUAUAGUAUCCCCUCACCACGUUAUACAGAUGGAAGCUCUGUGAUAUAGUAUCCCCUUAUCACUUUAUACAGAUGGAAGCUCUGUGAUAUAGCCCCUCCCACCAUGUUAUACAGAUGGAAGCUCUGUGAUAUAGCCCCUCCCACCAUGUUAUACAGAUGGAAGCUCUGUGAUAUAGCCCCUCCCACCAUGUUAUACAGAUGGAAGCUCUGUGAUAUAGCCCCUCCCACCAUGUUAUACAGAUGGAAGCUCUGUGAUAUAGCCCCUCCCACCCAUGUUAUACAGAUGGAAGCUCUGUGAUAUAGCCCCUCCCACCCAUGUUAUACAGAUGGAAGCUCUGUGAUAUAGCCCCUCCCACCAUGUUAUACAGAUGGAAGCUCUGUGAUAUAGCCCCUCCCACCAUGUUAUACAGAUGGAAGCUCUGUGAUAUAGCCCCUCCCACCCAUGUUAUACAGAUGGAAGCUCUGUGAUAUAGCCCCUCCCACCCAUGUUAUACAGAUGGAAGCUCUGUGAUAUAGCCCCUCCCACCAUGUUAUACAGAUGGAAGCUCUGUGAUAUAGUAUCCCCUCACCCUGUUAUGUAAAGUGAUAUCUCUGGCAUACAGUCACCCCAUCAUGUUGUAAAGAUUUGGGUACAUCUCCAUGCUGUGUUAUAUAUUUUACAAGCUUGGAGUACUGUCAUUGAUGUCAAGAUGUAUUAUAUAGAUUGCAAGCUCUGAGGUUCAGACCCACCACAAUGUUAUUUAAAUACAGUCUCCCAACAGUGUCAUUUAGCUCUAUUAAUGCCCACUGUUUCUGUAUUCCUUGUUUCCCAUAUUUCCCUGUAUUAUGUAAAAUUAUUUUAAAAUGUUAUUGGAAUGUUAUGUGAUUUCUGGUUUAUAUAUGCUGUGUAUAGAUUUAAAGGACUAACGUUGAUCAUCGCAUGAGAUGGUUUAAUUUGUUUGCUUUUCCGGUACCAACGUAUUCUGUAGAGCUGUACAAUGGACAGAUGCAACAUACAAAGGACUGGUGACAUAACAUGUUUACUCACUGUGACAUGAAUAGGGGGAGGCUCUGAUCUCAGACAAUGCUGGAUUUAUAAUCCGAUCUGACUGCACAUUAUCAGGACAGGCUCCAACAAGUGCUGUUCGUCGCUAUUUUAGGGUCUUUGACCUUGCUCCCAGGUGUCCCUCUUUUGGAGACAUCAGGGAACCUUACCCAAAAAGCAUAGCGCGAGCAGAUCAUUUGACAUGCUCACACUAUGCUCAGGACACUGCUACCCUGCAGAGAGUGCUGAAACGGUACUCCCUGCAUGGUUUAUGCUUGUUGGGCCUGCAUGUUUGAUUGUCAGGAAGCCUGGUGUACAUUCAAACCAGGCUGACCUGCCAAUCACUGGCCUGCAUUGCUCUUCACAAGACUAAUGCACUUCACGAGACCCCCAACAUUAUAAGGACAGGUACAAAUUUGCAAUUUUUCAAUUCUCUACAAUUCAUAUGUAAUUAAUUUCUAAACAUAUCUGUAAUGAUAUUUUUCACCUCUAUUUAGUCUACAAAUUCUGCUUUCUACUUCUAAUUGUAGAUCACAUUCACCUCUCCCCAAUGGAUUAGGUUCACUCUCUUAAUUUUGCUUGUAUUCAUCAUUCUCCCCCUAUUACUCCACUGCAGUUGUUGACAAUGUUAUCUUCCUCACUUGUUGCUCCUCACUCUUAUAAUUCUUACACUGGCCUCCUGUAUUCUGUAAGAGUCCAUUUAAAAUCCUGCUCCUUAUUUACCUAGCUCUCAACAGUUGUACCCCUAAUUAAAUAUCAGGGAAAUAGUAAUAAAAAUCUAGUAAAGCAGUGGCCCAAUCUACUUGUCUGUUAUGACAAUUUUGUCGUCGUCCUGAUACAAACUAAUUUUAGAUUGGGGAACCUGCGUAGAGCCCUGGACAUUGACAGGGUUAUUUACCAAAGUUUGAAUUUUGGUGAAUUUAAAUUCAAAUGGAACACUGAGCAAAAAAAAGUAACAAACAUCCGGAAAAACUCUUGAACUCGGCUACUCCAUAUCUUUCACCUUGUCUGCCCGCCAAGUGUCCGGAACUGCAUGUGUGGGGUAUCUGGAGUUCCACAACCCUGAAAUAUCAUCCUUAAAGGAAUCUCCAGAGCCCGAAAGCACUUUCGCUUUGUACAUGUGUGAGGAGUAUGUCCACCUUUUUUAUUUUACAAAAAGUUCAGUUUUCAAUAUAAAUUGGUACUUUGAUGGACUAACCUUGCUACACACCCUGGCUGGCAAUCAGAAAAGCGGUUGUUAGUUCCUGGUUUGGUUAGCUCAGUGGAGCUAAACUCAAGAGGCAGCAACUGCCCAAAGCACCUGCCUUGCAAAGACUUCUCAUUGAGCUGCAUUGGGAAGUCUGUGAUUGGACAGCCACAGAAAGUCUGGGCGGGGUUAGAAGGUUAGAUAUACCCACAAUGAAGGAAAAAAAUGCAAAAUUAAAAGCAUGCAUGUUUUCAUUGGAGUUAAAUAUCUACAAAACCUUCUUGUCAGUCACUCCACUUUGCUUGUGACCUUCGCUUGUCCUCUGUUCACCCUUGAAAAUGCAGGUUUUGGAUGAUAUAAACAGAACCUUUCUAAGAGUCCAUGAUUCUCCUGCAAUACCCCUCCUCGGCCUACCUGAUAUAGCCUUCACCUCCGGUCUAUCACCAAAUCCUUAAAAUAUCUUGCUCUAGAGAGCAGCUCAACAUAGCUAGUAAUUAUUUCCCUACAGCAGUCUGCCCUAUCUCAUGCUACAUUAAGGUCUCAUUUUAUUUCCCCUUCUUACUCUAUAGUUGCCUUUGUUAUCUUAUAAAUGAUAGACAAAGACUGCACGUGUCAGUCUCUCUUUUCUUAUAUUUGGCUUAUGUGCAGAUACCUUACUUCUAGAUUGUAAGCUUGUUUGUGUGGGAAUCACCUUUUCCUUUUUGUUUGCAUACAUGUGUCUGUCAAACUACAUUCUAUGUAGAUUUUUGUAUAUCGAAUGUACAACAGUAUGGAACUUUUGUAGGGGCACUUUCCAGAUAGUUAGUGAAAGAGGGCAUUGGGUGAAGUGGUUUAGAUCAUGGUAUUCUGGGAGAAGAGAGGCUGCAAGAAGAUGUAAUUUGUCUUGAGUUCUGUUUCAGAAUAUAUAUGUUUAUCAAUCAUCUUUCCUACCAAUAGUACAGCAAUUUCUCAAAAGUGGCCAUUAAAUCACCCCCACCCUCCAUCAGUGCAGGGUGAUACCUCAUUGCUUUCUCACAGGUAAUACUUCUCAACAAACGUUAAUGGCAACAUCACAUAAGAUCUCAGAAAUUGUUCUACCCAGCUUUCUUCCUGCUUGCUUUGCGUUGUUGACAUGCUGUCCAUGCAGCCUGCUUACCUCCAUGUGAGCUCCACCUUUUUCGGGAAUCGAGGAAGCAGAUUCCAUGUGCAUUCCUCCCAAGUGUCUCUAUUUAGGAGUCCCUAAUCUGGGUUCAAGUCUCUCUGUCCCUCUUUUAUAUCCCAAUGUCCCUCUAUUCUAGGAGCUCCAUAUUGUUGGUGUGUCUGAGUGUAUAACAGAGCUCCACAGCAAUGACACUCAUUGUAAUGUCUCUAAACUGCAAAAAAAAAAAAAAAGAUUAGAAAUCAGUCUGUGUAUUUAAGAUACAUUGUUUUUGUUCUAAAUGACAUUUGAGGUGCUUAAAAAAAAAAAAAAAAAAAGAAAUUUCUCAGAACAUCCCGGCCCCUGGCCACACACCUACUCACACCCCUAAAAUAAAAGUGUCCCUCUUUGUAAAUUUCAAAUGUUAGGAGGAGUGCAUGAAAAUAACAGAAAACUUCUAGGGACAUUUUGACACACGUACACACACAGAUGUAUACAAACAAAUACACUCAAAAAGGUACAUGCACACUGACAUGCAGACAUUUAACUAUAAAGAGAACACAUAGUUGUAGCCACGUUCCUGUGAGACGGAGACACGUUUUGGGUCCUAAAGGGGAAUGAUUCCAUUCUAGGACUUAACUAAAGUGUGCAGAUCUCAUUGCAGGAGUGAUAAUCACUACCAGCUCUAGCCCUCUCAUAGGGCAGACACCUUGAUGCUGUUAGCACCUCUCUCCUUGUCUAGCUAAUAGACCAUAAAAAGACAUGGAAACGCUCGGGUGGCCUUUUCUCUGAACAUUCCAGCAUAUAGAGUCUAACUUUACUUAUCAAAAAAAUAAUAGUAAUAAAAAUCGUAAGACAUAAGAAAAGGUAUACUUAUCACCCAAGAAGCUAGUCCAUUUAAUGAGAAGCAGGCGAAACUGGAAUUUGCUAAAGAGUAGCGGAACUAUGUCGCAAUUUAUUUAGUUUGAAAAAAAGAUGCGAUAAAUCUCAAUAAUAGGAUGUUGAGUCCAUCAAAUUCUGGAUAUCCAGACUGUUGGCUUUUUAUUUAUUUUUUCUCUUCAUGGUGUUGGCCAGCAUAACAAAGGCUGAAGCAUUGCAUGCAUCAUUGUAGGUGUGACACAAACUGCUCAUGGUUAAAGGCUUACUUCAAGCAUCAUAAACACCGCUACCUGCUGCGGUGGUUAUGGUCAAUUACCUUUCUAAAUGAAUGAUUGGUUUGAACCUCUAACAUGAAAUUAUAUACCAUUUAAAUCCUUUUAAAUUAACACGUGACAUUUUUAUUUAUAUAUAUAUAUAUAUAUAUAAAAUAUAAAAAUUUCUCUACUAGAAUCUGGAAACUUGUCCUUGUUUGACCUUCUAUCUAAAUCCACAAUUUUAAUUCUACUAAAAUUUGUAAAGUAUAACUUCACCAGUCGAGAAUAUUGGCAGGUGAAAUAGACAUUCACAGUUGUAUUGAAUUAUUCAAUUCUCUAUCAAUUUGUGAAUUUAAAAACAAAAGUCAUUUAUAUUAAUUUAAACAGAGACCAAGCACUUAUUAUUCAAAAGCUGGCUAGCUGCAGCAAUUAAAUAUAUUUUCAUAUUUACCAAAUGCUAGCAAGUUCCUGGCAUUGUAAAAUGUGAUGGUUUUAAAGGGACCCAGUGAAAUAUACACAUACUGAUUUAAUGGAGUUCAGAAUCCUACGCAAGUACUUAGAAUCUAAUUCACUUACCAAAAAACACAAAAUAACCCCACACAUUUUUUAGUGCAUACACCAUUUUUUCUUGUCUGUCUACCAACACUUUGGUUAAAGGGAAACCCUAGGCAUUCUAACCACUUCCGCUGAUUGAAGUGGUUAUAGUGUCAGGAGUUUGCUAGCGCCGACCCUUAAUUCAGUGUUGAACUAUUUGUAAUAAUUUUAUGCUAAAAUAGAGUCCCCAGCCAGAGAAGGAUUAAGAUCCCACAGGGAACUAGACAGGUUUUCAGGCUUGGGGCCCCCAACCCCUCCCCUCUGUGCCCUUCCUCAUCAGGUGUAAAACUGCUCUAGACAUUGAAUGCAGUUGAAUCUAAGCAUUAUAAUCUAGGCAAGGGGUAGGUGUUACCCAAUCCAUGUGUCGCUCUAGCAUUCCUGCACACACAGCGCCUGUUGAUUGCGAAGCAGUGCUGUUGAUUGCGAAGCAGUGCUUUCCUGUCCUUUUCUGCAAUGCCGAUUGGGGCAUGCAUUUGGACUCCCCAAACAUGCUGAAUGCACGGAAGAUGCAAACUUGCGGCACCGCUUUACCUUUUAUUUAUAUGACACAACAUUUCCAGAUGGGUGAGCUGGACCAAUCCGUGUCCAUCUGAGUGUUUAGUUCCAAUUCUUAGCUCCUUAGUCUUUGCUCUAUCAUGGUUUCCUCACGGUUCCUCGUAUAGUGCAUAAUAUAUUCUCUGGAUUUUCUGGUUAUUUGAUUUGGUUUUAUUAUUUAUUUUUGUUUAUUGACCAUCCUGACAUUUUAAUCCUGACCUGGCUAAUUCUAUUGUUUUCCCAUAUUUCUGGUAUCCUGAUCUUGGCUAGUAUCACGUUUAUUCCUUUUCUCUUUUUUUUUUUUGUAUGUUAAACUUGGCCAUUCUAAGGUCCGGUAAUUUGUCCUUUCAUCUCUGACCUAUACUAGUAAGUUGAGUAUUGUAGCCGUGGCAGAAGGCAGCCUUCGGCACUCCAGAUGUUGUGGGCAACAUCUGCCAUAAUGCUCUUACAGCCAUAAAGCUUCAAGGGAGAUGUAGUCCACAAAAUCUGGAGUGCCGUAUUUCGCCUACCCCUGAAUUCUAGGCAUUAUAUUUAAUUCAGUAAUGUUUUUAGUACCUAAAGUGUCUCUGUAAUAGAAACCUCACAAUACCCAAAUAUUUACAGUAAAAUAGUAUCAUCAGGAAGUAUAUGAAUAUAAGACAAGUGAGAGGAUCACAAAACAGUGUGUAUGCAAAGUUAGCAGGAGAAAAAUCAUCAAAAGGUCAUUCCAAGCAUCAUGACUACUUCACUGAUUUGAAGUGGUCAUGGUGCCUGUAGUCUGUAUGUGCAGUGUUUUGCUAUGAAAUGCUACACAUAUAAAGUUGAAACCAUCUGCUGCUAGGGGCGUAACUCAACCUCUGGCCGCGUCAUUGAGGCGCCAUUAGGGUUAUGUGAAUCCUAUCCAAAUUUAUCAACGGACGACAGAGACGGCAACCCUCCAUGUCCUGCCCUCAGUCCGCCCUUCCUCUCCUCUGGAAAAGGAGUGAUGUCCACCAUGGAGGAUCGGGUUAUAGGAAGAACUUGGCCUCGUCACUGGAUCAAGGUGAGUUUCUGUUUUAUUUCUUUUCCGCCCAGCAAGGGAGUAAGUCUCUAACCAAACAAAAUAUAGGACAGAUCUGUGUUUGUGUACAUUGCACAAAAUUAAAUGGGAUUACUGACAUGUAAUGCUAUGAAUAAGAGUGCAGUUGCAUCAGGUUUUUUUAUUUUUUAUUAUUCUUUAUGUUCCAUAAACAUUGAAAAGGAAUGUAAAACGCAGGAUAAUCUGGCUGUAUCUGCUCUUUGAGGCUGUGUUAGUGUAUUAUUUUAACUGCAGCACAAACAGUAUGUGAACAUAUAAGCAGGCAGGAACUCUCUCACACACAGACACGCACUACAAACUUGUCUAUCUUCUUGUUGGACCAUUCUAACCUUUAGAAACGCGUUGAAGGGUCACAAGUUGAUUUAAAAUGAAAAAAAGUGCAUCUUGCGUUGUGACGCCAUUAUUUUUCAUGAGAAAAAUGCAGGUUUACUGCAGUAGCUUAAAGGGACACUAUGAACUCUAUGCACCAACACUGCUUAAUGAGACCGUUUUGGUGUAUAGAUUAUGUAUCUGCAGUCUCACUGCUCAAUUCUCUGAUGUUUUGUUUUAAAAAACAAAUGGUUUCAUUUUCAAUCAGAUGUAACUUACUUUAAAUGGUCUUAUCUCCUGCUCUGUAAAUUGAACUUUAAUUACAUACAGGAGCCUCUUGCAGGGUCUAGCAAGCUAUUAACAGAGCAGGAGGUGAGAAAUUCUAAAUUAAACAGAAUUUGCAAUAAAGGUGUAAACAUCGGAUUACUUUUUACAGGAGGUGUUUUGAAAGGUUGUGUAAGGGAGGUGUGACUAGGACUGCAUAAACAAAGCGAUUUAAUAAAUAAAUGGCAAAGAAUUGACCGGACAGACUGCAGAGGCAUCCUGUAUACACCAAAACUGCUUCAUUAAGCUAAAGUUGUUUUGGUGAUCAUAGAGUCACUGUUGUCACUGGUUCUACAGUGAUAGGGACCACUAAAUCUAAAGAAUAGAAUGGAAAAGUGCUCCAGACUUCAUUGUGCACACCAGAGCUACAUUAGUAAUUUAUUGAGGAACAUCAUAAAGUACAUAGACAUUUUGGAAGCAGUGGCACUUUGUCAAAGUGUUCUCAAAAGAACAACAUUAAUUUAUGAUAUUUCCGGAUCUAACUGCUUGAUCCACUCAGAUACUCGUAUACACCUGUAGCAUCACUGACAUUGCAUGGAACACUGACAUUGCAGUUAUUGGAAGUUCCACGGUUAGAAUUCUGCUGACUGUCUUUCCCUAGUAGGUGAGGAAAUGAGGAGUCCUCUAGGAUUGCAGGCCUCCCAAUAGUCUCGAUUUCAUCGGGACAUUCCUGAUUGUAGGGUUCUAUCCCACCAUCCCAGGUUUGUUCUUUAUUGUCUUGCUUUUGGGGACACCAGGUAACUCCCCAAAAAGUGCUCCGCUAUGAGCACUGAAACAUUGCUCCCUGCAUUGUCUGUCUUCGGUGGGCAGCCUUCUAGUUCUUUGGGUAGAGCGGCCCUCUUUCUGGCAGACCCACCCCAUUUAGGUGGUGCCACUGCCCUCUUUUAACCCACCCAUGGACAUCCUGAUUCAGGGGACACCGAUGUAAUUGCCCGGUACUUUCACCUGCUUGUUUUCCACUCUGAUCUGAUGUAGGUAUAUCUAUAUCAUACUUGUUUGGAUUAUAUUUCCACACCUACUGUAUUUUAUUAAACUGAAAAUCAAAGUGGCAGAGUCUAGGCCAAAAUAUGCUAGUUGUAAAUAACACUAAACUCAAAGGACUUGAGUCUGUUAGAAUAAAAACAUUCAUUUGUCCAUCAUGAUUAGCUCUUUAAUUUCCACCACCCCCUUCUUGAUAGUGGGAGAUGCUGCUAAAUAAGCUGAACAAUUAAUCAUAUUCAUAUUUAGAGUAUUUUUUUUUUUAAAACAUGCCCCAUUCUCUGGGUCUACACUACUCCAUAUAUGCUUAGUUUGCUCUACCAGGAUUUCUGAAAUUGCCAAGGGCUUUGUAUUGCCUGGACAUCCUAAAUUAAUGGUCUUGGGUGGUGUCCUAGGGCUGUCGAUGGGCAUGUGAAGAUAAAAAAAAAUGUUAUUUUCAGGAAUAAUGGUCCUGUUCCACUGAUAGUGCUACACAGUUUUUAAACUUCCACAGCUGCCACUGGGGAUGGCCUAGGUCAGUGGACCAAAACAACCAAGAUGAAAUAAUUUCCAGGGAAAUCCUAUUUUUGUUUUCUUAGACAUUAUUUUUACAGAUGUCAGCCAUACUGGAGAGAGAUGCAACAUGUGUAGUGCAUACUUUGUUCAAUGUUCAACCCUUUGCAGCUCUGAAGUCUGUGUAGUUACGGAACACUUUGAAGUGGCUGGAAGCACACAGGUUGAAGAACACUGAUCUUGGUAGACACUGGUUCUUUUAAUAUUGAACUUGAAGCUGCUUCAAAAUUCUCUGCUAAUAUUAAAACAUAAUCCUUGCUCUCUCUUAAUGAACCAUUUUACUUAUGUUUUGGUACAUUUUGAGAUCGUUGACAAAAAGAUAUGUUUCAUUCAUAAAUAUAUUCUGUGUACUUAUAUGGACUAUUCUAUAAUUUUCUCUGUCAUUUUGCCUGCCACCAGUCGGACAGUUGGAGUGCUUGGCCUGAAAACUGCACUCUGGUUGUGUCUCACUAUGUUACUAUGCCAUACCCAUCGCAUCUCUUUUAGCUGUCAUGUUUUCCCUUUCCAAAAAGGCCCCAUUCCCACCAUCAUGUCACUUUUUUUUUAAUUUUUUUUAUUUUUAUCUAUUCAGUAUCUACAAAGCACUUCUACUCUCACAGAAUGAUUCCUCUGCUGGCACCUUCAGCUCAUGAAUAUUUUUCUUUAUGCUGUUCAUCUCAUUCCUCAUUCCUAGAGAUCAUUCUGCUACUCUUCUGAUAAUUCUUCCUCUCCAUCAGGUCUGCACCACCUGCCGGUCCCCCUGCUGCCCCCGGAGAAGGAGGUCCCGGAGCUCCCCCAGCCCCUCCUAACCUCACCAGCAACAGGAGGCUCCAGCAGACUCAAGCACAGGUGGAUGAGGUGAGUGAGUGUUUUAUUUUCCCACGCUGGGCGGGAUUGUUUAGAAAUGGAGUUCUGUCUGACCAUCUCUGUCUCUUGUGUUCUCUCUGUACUCUGUAGGUGGUGGGUCUCAUGCGUGUGAAUGUAGAUAAGGUUUUGGAAAGAGAUCAGAAGCUGUCCGAGCUGGAUGACCGCGCGGACGCCCUGCAGGCCGGAGCCUCACAAUUUGAGACCAGUGCGGCAAAACUCAAGCGCAAGUACUGGUGGAAGAACCUCAAGGUAUAAUUAUGCCUUUUAGUUUCCAUGUACACUCUACAACUCUCAAUAAACCUGAGUACUCUGGUCCAUGCCUCUAACUGUUCCUCCUCACUUACCAGAUACAUCCCUCCUCCACCCCCCAGCCAGUGUACUCUCUCCCUUUCUUCUUAUUAUUUUAUGGAGCUUUCUUUAUCCUCCCUGAACUUUUCUUGUGCUCUGACUUUUUCUUUCCUUCUCAUUCGAACCCAUUCAUCUUUUCUGUGUUCUGUCUGCUUCUAACAUAUAAAAAUGUGGCUUGUAAUGAACCCAACUCAAGCCCUGUCAUUCUUAUCUCUUGUUUUGUUGAACAAAGUUUGUACCAUUCCAAUUGCUUGUCAACCCUUUUUCCUACUAUUCUUGAGGAGACCAAAGAGACCUUUUGUUGAGUCCUCUCUCCAUCUUUUUUCUCAGCCUGAUAUUUCUCGCACAGGUUCUCUCUGACUUUACAUCCUCUUUGAUGUUAAUCAAACAUAUUUCCUGUACUCUUGUGCUGGCUCUGUGUUCAGUUGUUCUCUAAUUGGUUUUUAUUGCAUUCCCUGCUAGGCCCUUUUUAUUCUACAGCAUACGUCUUCGUUCUGGUGCUCUAUACACUCAUUACCUUUAACUGCGUUCCCCGUCUCUUCUAUCCUUCUGUUAUCAUUCCAACUAAUGGUUACAAUGUCUUUCCACAGAUGAUGAUAAUUAUGGGUGUGAUAUGCGCCAUCAUCCUCAUCAUAAUAAUUGGUAAGUUGUCUUUAUGUGGUGUGUGUGUCUCUAUGUACUUGUUUCUUGUAUCUGUGCUGUGUACACUAGACUGACUGUACUAACCUCUUUUUUUCUCUUAUCUUUCUCCUCUCUCUCUCUCUCUCUCUCUCUCUCUCUCUCCAUUCUCUGUUCUAUCAUUUUUAUUUGACUAUCUUGUAACAACCCCUUUGCUUUUUUCUUUACUAUUUUUGUCUUCACUGUACGCCGUUACUCUCCUUUUCCUGCAUUUUCCCUUUGUCCUCCCUGACUUGUUUCCUACCUUGUUGUAUGUCCAUCUUGCUUGUCUUCUCCAUUUAUUCCUAAUCUUCUUCCACCAAUUCCAUCUCAUUCAUGGGCCCCUCUUUCAAUUUAUCGCUUCCCAUUCUUUUUCACUUGAUCUCUGCUCCUUCAUUUUCUCAUCUUUUAAAAUCUGCCUUUCAUUUUCCUCCUGUACACCAAUCUUGUCUCCACAUCCAUCUACUUUCUUCUCUUUUCCUUUUCCCUGAAUCUAUAUGGCUUUUCCCCCCCCAAUUUUUAACCCAUUUCUGCCGCAAACCCCUUUACUGAACCCUCACCCCCCUGUCGCCAUUGUUUUUAUCUUUCCUCCUUCAGUUUACUUCAGCACCUAA